UUUUUUAACAGGCUAGAAUUAUCUGAUUGUGCAAACCUCUCCAGUGUUUUCUCUCCAGGCAGGGUGUCUUUGUUUGCAACGUCAAGAUUUCCUUUGGAAUGAAAGGAUGCGUAAACCUCCCGAUUCGCUGUGGGCAAAGGACACCUAGUGCCAUUAUUGUUCACCUACUAGAUUUCGCACAGCGUUUCAUUUUAAAAUUAGUCUGUGCACUAGCAAAUGUAUGACGGGGUGCAAUUUUCUGCAAGCAGGGGCAUACAUUAAAGGAAAGGUCUUUCAGCUCUCAGAUCGGAAUCAUUUAAAAUUCCACCUUUUCCCUAAUGGCUACUUGUUGAAUACAGGUGAAGCCUACACCAGCUGUUAACAGUGUUUUGAGUGAAGUUUGCCCAAGUGGCAGAUGGUGAAUCGUAAAGCUGUGUGUGGUGGACUGUAAACUGAGCUCAGGUAGUGGUUGAAGUGCUGUUAGUUUCAAAAGCUGUAGCAUGCUCAGCCAUGAUGGCGGCUGUCACACUUCUAAUCUAAAUAGACAAGAAAGGAAAGGAGAAGGAAAAGGGAUUCAACACUGAGAGCAAACGGGUGUAGUUUGCAGUGUGGCACUUGCUGAGAUAACGACUGUUCUGCCCUGGAUCAUUUAGUGUCUAGGUUCCAUGGGGCACAGUGUGAGGGGCAUGACAGCCGGGAAGGAAGAUUACCCAGAACAUUAAACAGUGGCUCUUUUUGCAAAGUGAUCAUCCGGUGUGUGUUAAUCAGAUUUAUUAACAUAAGAUCAGGAGGCAUAAGCUUUCAUCUUUCAUCGAGGCUAGAGAUGCCGCUCCUUGUAAAAUGAAAAAGAAGCAGAAUCAUGAAUGCAGUGUUGGAUUCAUGACGGCGUGAGAGAGGGGCCCGCACUAAACCUACUUUUUCACCAUGGCCUGUGAAAGCCAACCAGCUGGAACUGAGAAACAAGAUCCCACCUCUGCCUCCCUCUUCUACUAUGGGACCCAAGCAAGCGACCUUCACUGGGGGAAAGAGCCUCACAAUGGCCAAGUGCUUCUGGUUCUCACUGCUAACAAUACCUGCUCUUCCACCUCCUUUGACAUGGAGCUUUGUGCAGAGAAACUGAAGACCUUUGGAAUUCAGAUGCCAGUGGAUCAGUGGAAGAGUUUAAUUCAAAAUGCCAUUCUGGACCCCGAAGUGAGAAGAUACAUGUUCUACAACUCCAGAGCGUUCGGGAUAGCCAUUGCUGUGAUUUUCUACAUCUCCAUCUGGGCAAAUAUUUACUCCACCAUGCAGCUGUAUUCCUUUGGAUUACACUGGGAAGUCAGCAUUUUGGUGACGUUGGCGGCGAUGGCACUCACAAUAAUUGUUAUCCUGGUUAUUGACCAACAUCAAAAGAAGAUACAUGUGAAUACUGAUGUGAGAUUGGCAGCGGCCAAUGAAGUCUUCAUGAAACACAACGUACUUCUGGGGGUCACAGAUGUCAUGGACAGGCACCAGAAUAUUCUACAGCUUGGCUUUGUCCACUUCAACCUGGAGAAGUGUUUUCAAUCCUUAGCAGACUGUAUUACAGAACUGAAGAGCAACGACCAGUCAGCCCUGAGACACAAGCUGGACCAGUUCUGUGUCACCACGGAGACAGUGAUCCAGAUGGGCCAAGGAAGAGCAGAGGAGAGUUCGUCUGAAGACUCCCCUCUUCUACCCAAUGGCAAGAAAGGGACUCUGGCGUUCAAUGAGCUGCUUCCUCUCAUCCCAGAGGGAGCUCCGGAGGUGAUGGCCCAGCAGCUCUUGGUGAUCUUCAGUGCCUAUUAUAUCAGACUCUUGAUCAGCGGCCAGCUCCCUGAGGUCCUCAUGUUACGGCAUGUGGAACACACAAACAUCCCCUGCCUUUGCCAGUUCAUAGAAACCAACGUGCUUGAUACGGGACACUGUUGUUUCAAGGUCAGGUGAUGUGAGGAACCUAGAAAGAGUUGUUAGUUCACAUACAGUGGUCCAUGGAAGAAGCCAGAGUAUAGGGAGGUCCUGGAGAGAGAUACAACUGCAUCAGGAAUUUGUUUUAACCAAUGAGAGGACAGUAAUGAUAAGGGGGAUGUGACGUUACUUAAAUAUUCAAAAUGCCACUCAGAGACAAUAAACAAGACAGACACUUAACUGCCUAACUGCCCCCGGCUCAGGACCCAAAUCUUGCCUGAAGAAAUAAAUUGUCCUGCUUAGGAAUGUGACCUCCUUACUUCUUGUCACGUCUCGUGGCCAUCCACUACAAAUCGUUGCAUUUAAGUGUUUGUAAUGAGCUAUCAGAUCAUGCCUAUAUGAUGCACCAUAUGUAAGAUUCAGAUUGCUGAAUAUUUGAUGCAAGAACAUGGACAGAUUAUGGCUAGUUAAGUUCCCUUUUUUAUGCUCCUCUCAUGUUCCUUUCGUCAUGCAUGUGAGAUCCAUGCAUUUUUUUCGAGCAGGGGAAAUAAUCUGUUUCCUUGCACAGGCAUGCUAUAUAUUUUUUGGCCCCGGAGAUCAGUGUGUGAUGUAUCUCAUGCUUGUUCCACCCUGGCAAAAGCACACAAUACCUUAGCAUCCCAUUUGCCAUGGACUUCUCUUUGUAGUUGUUAGGCAGAUACUGUACAAAACACUGAAUGUCACACCCUCUGAGCUGGAGAACUGUUAACCUAAGAGCAUGAUAAGAAUAUCCCUGGCUCCCAUUGACCCUACCAGGAGUUAGGGGUGAUGAACAACCACCAGAAUCCAGCAUCUCGCAGCCAAAGAUCGACAACAUGAAGCACGCUAAAAACUAAAGCAAAGUUCUUUACUGACCAUCUCUUCUACAGUUGUGGGACAGCAUUUUUUUUGGCUAUCAUUUGUAGAUGACAUGGAAAAGGAACUUGUUUGAAACGAGAACAAAGUGUCUGCUUGUCUCUGGGUUAAUUUAAUAAAUGGCAAGUGAAUG